UGACAGCCACUUGCUUUCGUAUUUGCAUUCGUCGUUUGGUGAGUUCGGUCACACAGAAAACACUUUCUCUUCAAAAUAACCGCUGUAGUUUUGGUUUUAAAUUUGUUUUAGCUUCAAAUAAUAAAUUAUUAAAUACAAAUAAAUAAAAUGGGAGCCGACAAGAAACAACAAAAAGUACAAUCCUCUGGAUUCACCAAGGAAGAAGAGCUUUUAUUGCAAGAUUUCAGCCGCAAUGUCAGCACAAAAUCCUCAGCUUUAUUCUACGGCAAUGCAUUCAUCGUCUCUGCCGUCCCCAUCUGGCUUUUCUGGCGUGUCCACAGUAUGGAUUUAUUGUCCAGUGCCAUUUUCUUCAUCUUGAUGACUGGUGCCAGCACAUAUUUGAUGGCCAUGGCCUACAAAAAUGUUAAAUUCCAAUUGAAACAUAAAAUCGCUGUACGUCGUGAAGGCGCCGUAACCCGUGAAGUCAACCGUCAAAUGGGCGAUGACAAGAAAGUCACCCGCAAGGAAAAGGAAGAACGUAUUUUGUGGAAAAAGAAUGAAGUUGCUGAUUAUGAGGCUACCACCUAUUCCAUCUUCUACAACAAUGCCCUAUUCUUGGCCAUCACCAUCUUCAUCAGUUUCUUCUUGUUGAAGAACUCUGCUCCCCUCGUUAACUACAUCUUCUCCAUUGGUUUGGCCAGCGGUGCCUUAGCGCUCUUCUCUACCAGCACACAAACGAACUGAAAUGUUGCACAUUGCGGCAAACAACUUUAGUUUUAAUUUACCAUUUUUUAAUUAUUAAUGUAGAGAGAGAUUAUCAUGCUGCUCGACCGAACUUUUUUUAAUUCCUUUUUUGUUUAAAUUAAAAAUCAUAUUUUAUAGUGUUACGAAGCAUGGACAAUGUAUUUUUUUCAUUACAUAUUCCUGGAUAUUUUUGCCUGUGGCAAGAAUAUAAUGAAAACAUUUUUUUAUUGUAAAUUUUCUUCUAAGGAGAACACGAAUAAAAUUAAAAAGAAAAUAUUAAAACAA